AUGGCUGUGCAGGCAGCGCUGCGGCUUUGUGAGUGGAGGGGGGCUGGUGAAAUCUACCAGGAUGGGCUGACCCUGCCCAAACGGACCCUCUACCUGGGGCAGGAUGAGGAGAGCGAGAAGCUCAAGUGGAAGCGCUUGCUGGACCGCAUCUUCCAUGACAACUUCUCGGAGGAGGAGGAGGUGGUGCUGCUGGCCACCGACUACAUGCACAAGGUGUCCAACCUCAUCCGUGUGACACCCAGCAGGAUCCUUCACAACUACAUGCUGUGGCGCAUUGUGGUGGUGCUGAGCGAGCACCUCUCCACGCCCUUCCGCGAUGCCAUCCACGAGCUCUCCAAGGAGAUGGAGGGCAAUGAGAAGCAGCUGGAGCCGGGUAAGAUCUGCCUGAGCCAGGCCAACAAGCACUUUGGAAUGGCCCUGGGAGUUCUCUUCGCUGACAUGGAGGGGCUCGAAUUUGCCUACUACGCCUACCAGAAAUGGGUGAGGGAGCACGGCCCCGAGCACCCCCUGCACCACAUGAAAUACACACACGACCAGCUCUUCUUCAUCGCCUUUGCCCAGGAGCCAAUGUCCUAG